AUGCCGGCGGGGCCGCCGCUGCUGCGGGGCGCCCUCCUCCUCCUCCUCCUCUUCCUCGGCGCCCCGGCCCGGGGAGCCGUCUACACCAACCAUUUCUUGGUGGAGCUGCACGGCGGGGACCAGGCGGAGGCCGAGCGGGUGGCGGCGCAGCACGGCUUCGGCGGGGUGCGCAAGCUUCCUUUUCUAGAUACGGGAUACUUCUUUUAUCACAAUGGCAUUGCUAAGGCCAGAAGAAGACGCAAUCUUCAACGCAAACUUCGUCUGGAAAAGGAUUCCAGGGUAAAGAAAGCUGUACAACAGGAAGGCUUCAGCAGAAGAAAGCGAGGAUAUAGAGAUAUCAAUGAUAUUGACAUCAACAUGAAUGAUCCCUUAUUUACAAAGCAAUGGUACCUGAUUAACACUGGACAAGCAGAUGGGACUCCUGGACUUGAUCUUAAUGUAGCUGAAGCAUGGGAGCUGGGAUACACAGGGAAAGGAGUUACCAUAGGAAUUAUGGAUGAUGGAAUUGAUUAUCUACAUCCUGAUCUUGCCUCAAAUUAUAAUGCCAAAGCCAGCUACGAUUUCAGCAGUAAUGAUCCUUACCCCUACCCCCGCUAUACAGACGACUGGUUUAACAGCCAUGGGACAAGGUGUGCGGGAGAAGUGUCUGCUGCAGCCAACAACAACAUCUGCGGUGUGGGAGUUGCAUACAACUCCAAGGUGGCAGGUAUCCGAAUGCUGGACCAGCCGUUUAUGACAGACAUUAUUGAAGCUUCCUCUAUCAGUCAUAUGCCUCAAGUCAUAGAUAUAUAUAGUGCCAGCUGGGGACCAACUGACAAUGGAAAAACUGUGGAUGGACCUAGAGAACUAACGCUGCAAGCGAUGGCAGAUGGUGUGAACAAGGGCCGAGGUGGCAAAGGAAGCAUCUAUGUCUGGGCGUCUGGAGAUGGGGGCAGCUAUGAUGACUGUAACUGUGAUGGUUACGCAUCGAGCAUGUGGACCAUCUCCAUCAAUUCUGCUAUAAAUGACGGACGGACAGCUCUGUAUGAUGAAAGCUGCUCUUCAACCUUGGCCUCCACCUUUAGUAAUGGGAGGAAGAGAAAUCCAGAGGCUGGCGUGGCUACAACAGAUUUGUAUGGCAACUGCACUCUCCGUCACUCGGGAACGUCUGCAGCUGCCCCCGAGGCAGCUGGAGUGUUCGCCUUGGCCCUGGAGGCUAACUUGGAUCUGACUUGGAGAGACAUGCAGCAUUUGACAGUGCUCACCUCCAAAAGGAACCAGCUUCACGAUGAGGUUCAUCAGUGGCGUAGAAAUGGUGUUGGGCUGGAAUUCAACCAUUUGUUUGGCUAUGGCGUCUUAGAUGCAGGAGCAAUGGUUAAGAUGGCAAAAGACUGGAAGACUGUUCCUGAGAGAUUCCACUGUGUUGGAGGGUCAAUACAGGAACCUGAAAAGAUACCAUCAAGUGGCAAGCUGGUCCUCACCCUUACAACUGAUGCUUGUGAGGGGAAAGAAAACUUUGUCCGAUACCUUGAACAUGUCCAAGCAGUUAUAACUGUGAAUUCAACUAGGCGAGGAGACCUCAACAUCAACAUGACCUCGCCAAUGGGAACAAAAUCCAUUUUACUGAGCCGGCGUCCCAGGGAUGACGACUCCAAGGUGGGUUUUGACAAAUGGCCUUUCAUGACCACACACACUUGGGGAGAAGACCCCAGGGGCACCUGGGCCCUAGAGAUUGGGUUUGUUGGCAGUGUGCCCCAGCGGGGCGUGCUGAAAGAGUGGACACUGAUGUUACAUGGGACUCAGAGCGCACCCUAUAUAGACCAAAUAGUAAAAGAUUAUCAGUCCAAACUGGCCAUGUCCAAGAAAGAAGAACUGGAAGAAGAGUUAGAUGAAGCAGUAGAGAGAAGCUUGAAGAGUUUACUGAGCAAGAACUAGUGCUAUUCUGCAUGAUGGUCUCGUUCUUUCCUCGGAUCCCUCUAUUCACCUUUCUACUAUCCAAACGUCUGUGUUAGACAUAUUACAAUGAUCAUCUCUGUAGCCAAAUUAUCACACUUUCUUGAUUUUAAAGUCUUAGAUCUCGUCAAUGUUUAUUUUAAUUACCACUGAAGCAAUCUUUUUUUUUUUUUACUCUAAACCACAAAUAUAUUGUCCCCUACAAAAUAUUAUAUACAAUUUGUGAGUGUAAAUGAUUUUUCUUUUGUGUCAUACAGUUAAGUAAUAACUUGCAAACAGUUGAUGGCUUUCCCUUCAUAUUUUUGUGGUAAAUGUUUGUAUUUUAAAAAGAGUGUAUUUUAACAUUGGCAGUUGGUGACAGUGGGCCCAUUGUUAAAAAUUAUUGUGAGAGAGGGAAUCACAAAGAGAAGUCUUUGAAUGUCUAACAGCUCCUUUUGCAUCAUUGACUUCAGUGGGACUUUUCCCACUGGGUUCAACCAAAGUAAGACUAAACCCUAAAAAAUAAUCUAGAGAUGAAGAAAAAUUUAAAAUCUAAUUUGCGGAAAUCAGUUCUUUUUAGAGCUUUCCUUACUAUAUACACUUCUACAACAUACUAACACUUUAGCCAUAAAAUGGUUCAAGAAGCAAGCAAUAAGGAAGGCAAAGUGAUGCCAUAGCUGUGUGAUAAAGGGAACUGCAUUGCCAGGCAAGGUCAGGGCAUUCUAGAAGCACAAGUUUCAAUUUCAUUUUCUUAAUUUUGGCAAUUUAAAUCAAUUUACCAUUUUGCAGCAGAACUAGCAUAUAGGAAUAAGGUAUAGGAUUUCUGGGAACCUUUGUGCAAAAGUGCAUCUGCUCAUCUCUACCCUGAAAUGUACUACAGCAGCAUACAAGAAUACAAGACUGUGUCAGCAUUUCCAAUUACAGACCCCUAUUUUCUGGGGUUUACAUCCUGGCUGUCAGUAAAUUGCUGUGGGAAAAAAAUGACGUAUGUAGUUUCAGUCCAGAAGGAAUUUUUUAAUCCAAAUUUCAUUUUUAAAAAUAGAGAUUUGUUAUUUUUGUGUUAUACAAAUAUAUUUAAGGAGAAAAAUAUGCCUAAGUUAUUUUAUGUAUAAUGCAAAGUUGGCUUUCAUGGGAAAUAAAAUGUAGCGUAUUUGGGAAGAUUUGUCCAUAGUCAUUGCUCUUUGCUGUCUAAAGACUUAGUCCCACCUUCACUUUUCAUACCUGAGUAAAGUCAGUCUCUCCCUCCCUUGGAGUCUGCUCUGGUUAUUACCACAACACAUCCCAUUCUCUUCAAUGGGGAUUACUCAUGUUAGCAAACACGACAUGUUCUCAGGUGUGAGAUCCCAAAUUAUAACCUUUGAAUAAUAAAUGGUCUUGAUCCUGCAAAUAUUUAGGCACUAACUUCAUGUGAAUGCCAUCAGUGGACCUAGUCAAAUGCUUAUUUUAGGCAGAUGCUUAAGAUCCUUGCAGGACCUGAGAUCUAUUUUUUAGCAGUGACUAGUUUCAGAAUUUUAUUAAGUAUUUUUAAUAUGCAGAGUAUUCCUCUAAAAUGUUUUAAUAAGAGCUGUCUUGGUUAAUCAGGUACAUAGUAAAAGAAGCAUAUUCAGUAAGUAAGUAUUUAUCUAACAAAUUAAAAACAUAGCCCAAAGGUUAUAUGGUGCACACUUUUCACUUAAGAAUGUAUCCUUUAUUCUGUUAUUUCAAGUGACUGUCCAUCUUCUAUCAUUCCAUAAGAGGCCUAUUCUAAAUCCAAAUGCAAAACAGCUCAACCUACUUACAGUCUGUGAUGUGACCUACACAAUAAGGCCAAAGCAAGCAGGCUCGCACUGUUCAUUGCUUCUUCACUGCUGUGCAGCAAUCCAUUAGGACAGCGGAGUCACACUUGGAUAAAACAGGUGUCAUCAAGAGAAGAAUCAGGCCCUGUGUGAUUUUUAACUUUCAAAUGCUCUUGUUUAUUUGUUCAAAUACAUUAUAGUGUCAACUAUGUUUAACUUGGUGAUAUGAAAAUUAACUCAAGGAUAAGAUGGGCCCAUUUCAAACCACAGGUUAGAGUUCACAAGGUAUAAACCAAAACUCACUGGAGUUAAGUGGGUUGAUGGACAGGUUGUUUGUGUCUUUGUCUGGAACUGAGUGGUUUUUGGAAAGGCUCACAGUUCUCAGAAAGAGCUGCAUAUACAUAUCGGAGAGAAGAAUUUGCCAUAUAAACAUAUUUAUGCAUAUAUGUGUGUCUAAAUGCAUACAGCACACCUGUGGCAUCUCUCUCUCUCCAUGUGUAUUACAUAUGAUAUGUAUAUUCAGUGAAUGUUAUGUAUAUUUGCUUAUCAAUAUAGAGGAUUACAUAUUGUAUGCAAUGUAUAAUACAUACACACAAAUGUAAUUACUCUGUGUAUGUGUUCAAAGAAACAGAGACAACUGGAAGCUAUUGAAAGAAUGUCAAAAAUAUGGGAAAAGUUUUGGAAGAAGAAAAGUCCAUGUGGAAAUUUUAAAUGAAUGUGUAAAUUAAUUUCCAUUGCAUUCAUGUAAUUUUGCACUUCUCUGUUUAAUCAUUAAAUGUCCUAUAUAGCAGCAAAAUAAUAAAAUGAUUGUUCAUAUUUUCAUAAUGUUGACAUAAUUUAUUAAGUGAAAGAUGACUCUAGCGAGUGAUAAACAGAAAUGGUGAGUUUUGAUAUAAGCAUAUAUAAAACUAAGUGUAUAUACAAUAUCGAGAUAUACUUCAAAUUCUUCAGGCUUUUUGCAUUGGGGGAACACUGAAAAAUAUGUCCGGUUAGACUAAGUUUUUAAGGUAUUGCUGAUGGAAAAUAAAUUUAAUUUGUUAGUAUUUAUAAUAUAGGAGAAAUGAAGUUCCUGAUUUAAAACAGGUGAACAUUGUUAAACUAAAGCCCUGUGAUGAUGUUUUUAUAAUCUGAGUAAAAUAAAGAGCUGUUGUAAACUGG